AAGACAGGGACGUCUGUUGUUCAUCCACAAGAAUGUCGUCUCUUUGUGCCCUCGUCCUAACUCUUGGCGUCCUUGCUAGAGCCUCAGGUAUCACAGUUGAUGACCUCCAGCCGGUAGCGUUCGCCUACAGAACAGUGGACGGCAACAGCGUCACAUACAUGUGCUACGACGGCUACGUCCACACCGCUGGCAACACCGCAGUGACAGUGGGCUCCGACUGGGAUUACGUGCUGCCUGUUUGCUCCAACGCAUCUCGGAAUCUGAACGAACCAGAGUCUGUCAUCUACGACCAGAAUGGAACGUGUGAUGCCGCCCAGACUGUCCAAGUCUAUCUGGGAAUCGGGAGCUGGGAGAUUCAUGGCUUGUCUUUCACUACGAACUUCGCCAGCUCAGACACCCAGAAAAUAGCUGUCAAUGCGACUGUCGCGGAUACAUCAGUGGGAACCAUCUCGUUGUGUGGUAAUACUGAAUCCGCUACGCUGGUAAAGGUCAGCAUCCGAUGCAGUGGAAACGGGAUCAUCCCCGUGGGUAACAUCAUCAUCAUCUCUGUUACUUAUCCGACAGUGCCAACGGCAACUGUAUGUGACAUAAUGGUGUAUGGCCGACAGAUCCUCCCAUCAGCAGCACAGUGUGAAAAUCCGCCAACCCUUUACGGACUUCGCUUGGAAUCCCUGACUUUCUAUUCGGACUCAAGUAGGGCUGUAUAUACCUGUGAAGAGGGAUUCUAUCACCAGUCUGGGGCGGGUGACGCCGACUGCAGCAGUAAUGGCACGUGGUCUCUCCCCUCUAUCAAAUGUUCCAACGAGGACAACAUUAUCAGCAACGGCACUAAUCCGUAUGUGGCGAAGAACUCGUCUACCUGCCCACAAGAAUCAGUAAUCUUUGAGUUUGUCAAUACAACGAGCUACGAAGUGGCCAGCGUAACGAUCUUCUUCAACGAAUCCGUGACGUCAGAUUUCACAGUCGAGGCCGAAGUGGUUGACAUCAAGCAGACCCCGACAUCGAGCAGUGCGUGUGCAUCCGAUACAUUGAGAACGUCACCCUCUACCACCUCACUCCCCAAACCUAUCACUCUCUACUGUGAAACAUUUCCCGUUGGUCAGUUCCUAAGUCUCAAGUUCAACAGCUCCAUACCUCAGGCCCUGGUGGAGGUGCGCGCCACUGGACGACAAUACACGGACGCCCUGGAGUGUAUGCAGACGAAGGAAGGCUGGGACUACAAGGGCAAGGUCAACAUUUCAGUGUCGGGGUCACCCUGCCAGCGGUGGGACAGUCUGCCAUCCUCCCAGGCCAUCCCUGAUGCAAUGUUCAGUGCAGGUGCACCAGAGAACUACUGCCGCUCGCCAGCAGGAUCCGAAUCUGUGACGGGCACAGUUGUCCGCCCUUGGUGUUACAUAAACAUCAUCAAUGUCACGUGGGAAUACUGCCCGAUUGGAAAAUGCAAUCAUGGCUGCGUGGUGGACUCUCUUAGCAUGAACUACAGGGGGAGGCUUGAUGUUACAACGUCCAACAAGAAGUGUCUGUCAUGGAAAAAGGAAGCAGUGCCAUUCCAGAUGCCCUCCACAUUCCCCGACGGUUCUAUGGAUCACAAAGUCUGUCGUAACCCUGGCGAGUCCUUGACGAAGCCCUGGUGCUAUACAAGCCUUAGACCCCCUACAGCUGAAGUAUGUGACGUCGACACAUGUCCGACAUCGCUGCCAGCCGUGACGACAGGGGAGGUGUACUUCAAACGGCCAAGCUCCGUCAUUGCCAACAUCCUCGAGUGUUUCUACUGGAACGGGGACGGGGCUAGACCGUGGGACGCGCAGAGAUGGGCUUUGGACAUGGGCGUCGUGGUUCUGUAUACACACUUCUGUGAAGCACAGCGACCACUGACGUUCAUGUGCAUUGAGAAAAAUGGAGCAACAGUCCAGUGGACGUACGGCAGCACGGGGUGUGUUAACUGUGUACACGUUCCCGUGACUCCAGUUUCACAGGCCAAAUCAUCCGUGUCAUAUGAAAAGGGCGUGGCCACCUACACCUGCGACAAUCCUGCUGACAUGGAGAUGAUAGGGCCGGCCACCGUGAAUUGCAUCGACGGGCAGUGGGAACCACCCAGACUGGAAUGCAAACCUAGAAAUGUUGCCCUUAACAAAACGACCAAGCAGGACAGCACUUUUGAACAGUAUGACGCUUCCAGAGCCGUGGAUGACAAUCUUGGUGUGUCCAUGGGCAAAGGAGGGUGCAGUCACACCUUACCUUCACAGUUGUCCAACGUAACGUGGUGGCAAGUGGACUUAGAGGAUCUCUACAACAUCACCACGGUAGAGCUCACCAGCAGAGGGGAUUGUUGCGGGGAAAGGUUGGGCAACUUCACAGUUACAAUGCACACGGCUGACCCCGAGACAAGCGAUGCUCAUGACCUGUGUUUGUAUCACCCUGGUUUCUUUGGAAAUGGAACAACGAAAUCUCUCCCCUGUGACCAGCCGACAGUGGGGCGUUAUGUCAAGAUUACGCAGUACCCUCGGGCAUCAGAACUGUAUCCCCUCCAACUCUGUAACGUCAGCAUAAGGGGCCUACCCGCUCAAGAUGUUACCAAGACAGCGCCAACAACUUCAACUGCAACAACAGCAACCACAGAUGUAACCACGACAGCACCAACAACUUCAACUGCAACAACAGCAACCACAGAUGUAACCACGACAGCACCAACAACUUCAACUGCAACAACAGCAACCACAGAUGUAACCACGACAGCGCCAACAACUUCAACUGCAACAACAGCAACCACAGAUGUAACCACGACCGUAACAACAACAACUACACCAACUCCCAUGACCACAACUACAACUACACCAACGACCACUUCGUACAACCCUUUCCCAAAGCGCAAGGUUGUGGAGAAGUGUACGUGUAGAUGCAAGGACAAGUCCCGCCCUUCGGACACUAAGCAGGUGAAGGAAGCGGCGCAGGCGAUCCAGAAGGAGCUGAAAGUCGAGACAAAGACUUUGAGCAAGUCUGUCCAAAAGAAGGCGAGCUCCAAGGACAAGCGGUCUUCCUCCACCAACAUGGGCUAUCUGGCUAUAUCUCUUAUGUGUGUUGUGUUCGGAGCAAUGGUCGUACCAGACGUGGCGAGUCUGGUCACAGCCGUAUACAACACGAUAAAGGGAGUAUGAUACCGCGGUAUUGUACCUGAUCACUCCCAGACAUAUACACAACAUCAGGACUGUAUGAUACCGCGGUACUGUACCUAAUCACUCUCAGACAUAUACACAACAUCAGGACUGUAUGAUACCGCGGUAUUGUACCUGAUCACUCUCAGACAUACACAAAAUCAGGGUUGUAUGAUACCGCGGUAUUGUACCUGAUGACUCUCAGACAUACACAAAAUCAGGGCUGUGUGAUACCGCGGUAUUGUACCUUAUCACUCUCAGACAUACACAAAAUCAGGGCUGUAUGAUACCGCGGUAUUGUACCUUAUCACUCCCAGACAUAUACAACAUCAGGACUGUAUGAUACCGCGGUGCUGUACCUUAUCACUCUCAGACAUACACAACAUCAGGACUGUAAGAUACUGCGGUACUGUACCUAAUCACUCCCAGACAUAUACAACAUCAGGACUUUAUGAUACCGCGGUAUUGUACCUAAUCACUCUCAGACAUACACAAAAUCAGGGCUGUAUUAUACCGCGGUAUUGUACCUGAUCACUCCCAGACAUAACACAACAUCAGGACUGUAUUUUACCACGGCAUUGUACCUGAUCACUCUCAGACAUAUACAAAAUCAGGGCUGUAUUAUACCGCGGUAUUGUACCUGAUCACUCUCAGACAUAUACAACAUCAGGACUGUAUUAUACCGCGGUAUUGUACCUUAUCACUCACAGACAUAUACAAAAUCAGGGCUGUAUUAUACCGCGGUAUUGUACCUGAUCACUCUCAGACAUAUACAACAUCAGGAAUGUAUUAUACCGCGGUAUUGUACCUGGCCACUCUCAGACAUAUACAACAUCAGGACUGUAUUAUACCGCGGUAUUGUACCUGAUCACUCAAAGACAUAUACAAAAUCAGGGCUGUAUUAUACCACGGUAUUGUACCUGAUCACUCAAAGACAUAUACAAAAUCAGGGCUGUAUCAUACCGCGGUAUUGUACCUGAUCACUCUCAGACAUAUACAAAAUUAGGGCUGUAUGAUACCGGGGUAUUGUACCUGGACACUCUUAGACAUAUACACAACAUCAGGACUGUAUGAUACCGCGGUAUUGCACCUGAUCACUCCCACACUUAUACAAAAUCAGGGCUGUAUGAUACCGCGGUAUUGUACCUGAUCACUCCCACAUAUAUACAAAAUCAGGGCUGUAUGAUACCGCGGUAUUGUACCUGAUCACUCCCAGACAGUUACAAAAUCAGGACUGUAUUAUACCGCGGUAUUGUACCUUAUCACUCUCAGACAUACACAACAUCAGGACUGUAUUAUACCACGGUAUUGUACCUGAUCACUCCCAGACAUACACAAAAUCAGGGCUGUAUAAUACCGCGGUAUUGUACCUGAUCGCUCUCAGACAUACACAACAUCAGGACUGUAUGAUACCGCGGUAUUGUACCUUAUCACUCUCAGACAUAUACACAACAUCAGGACUGUAUGAUACCGUGGUAUUGUACCUGAUCACUCACAGACAUACAGACAUACACAACAUUAUGACUGUAUGAUAAUAAUUAAAUUGUUCCCGAAAAUACUUGAAAAAAAAUCAUUAUCCUUCAGACUAUUGAAAAAAAACAGAAAUUGACUGCCACAAAAAUCACAUUGUUGCAAGGUGUUUUUCUUUUCCUAUUUUUAAAUGUAGCUGUAGCCGUAAAUAUAUUUAAUCUCGAUAAAGAAUAUUGAAUGGUCGUUCCC